AAAAAAAUUGGUUUGAUUUUGGUGAGCUCCAGUGGCCGUGUAAGAGAGAACUGAGAAACGAGAAGAAAGAAAGAAUGGCGCAGAACACAGGAAUGUUAUCCAGAGAUCAGUUGCUUCACCUCUUCCAUAGCUUCGCCUAUCUCACUUCUCUCCCUCAUGUUAAAAAACGUAUAGCUGAUGCUGUUCAAGAUAAUCAGGAACCUGUUGCUGUGACAACUGCAAUCCAAGAGGAGAUAUUCUUAGAAAUGGGCGUCGAUCCUAACUUUGGGAUUGCUUGCCUGGGAAAAGUGAAUAUGGCGUACGAGAAUGACCGGGAUUUGAUGAUUCGCUUCUAUGGAUUUGUGGCUAAGGAAGAGAUGGCCUGUGAUGAGGCUGAGCUUGGAACAGAUGAAUUUGCUAAAAAAAUGCAUGACCAGCAUGAUCUACACACACAGCAAUUAGAGAUGUUAAAGUAUAUGCGUAAAUUUCAUGUGGAUGACCAAUCAGCUAUUCUUGAAAAGUUGCACGAGCAAAUGCAGAAUGCAGACUUCGGCAGCUGGGCAUCUAUCAUGCCCGUGGAAGAAAUUGAACAAGUUAUUCGAGGAAGAACAAUGCCAAUAGCAAGACCAAACUAACAUCUGCUUGAGAAGAAUUUAAGCAAAUUUCCACCAAAUGUCUUUCAGCUCAUUGCAUUGCAUCGCAUCCUGUUUGGAACUUCCACUUGUGUAUAUUGAAGUAUAAAACCAUUGCAUCCAGUUGCUUGGUGGUUGUAUAAUUGUAGUACUCCGCAUGUAUUAAUCAAGAUUCAAGAAUUCAUUUUCAGCUAAAAAUGCGUCAUGUGUGGACGUAAUUUUAAAGAAUUAAAAGAAAUAAGUGGAAAUAAGGUGAACAUAACUGAGCCUUAUUAUAACUAUGUAUUUUGUAACUAUCAAUAUCUAAGAGCAAUAUCACUCGUGGGGACAAUUUUCCCCAUUAGGAAUUUUAUUUGCUCAAAAUCCA